CGCAGAGCCAAGUUGCUGAAUCAAUCACCAAACGCCAUUGAUCUCAUGAAGGACCAUACAAUUCCAGAAGUAGGAUCUCGGAAGCUCCUCAGUUCAAUUGCUACCGUUUACUCACUUCACUAAACUAACCAAAUAGAAACUAACUGGCACUAUUCUUAUAAAGGCAGCUUCAUCCGCCCCCUUCUCUCCUUUCCCGUCCUCCCUUCCAUCUGAGAAAUAGAAUAGGAAGAUUCCAAUCCAUAUAUACAACAGAGCAACAGGUAUUUCCCAAAAUAUGGCAACAUUCUCGUACGUCCCCCCCCACCAUCUAUAUGCCCACCCUUCUAACCCCCCUUAGAAAAACCACCUUCAACGCCCUCUCCUACGCCGCUUUCCGCCCCUCCUACCCCCCAAAGCUUUUCCAAACACUCCUAACCUACCACCGCGGGCCCACAACCACUCUUCUAGAUCUAGGCUGCGGUCCAGGCCUCAUCUCGCGAUCCCUCUCUCCCUCCUUCAAAAGCGUCCUCGGAACCGACCCCUCACCCGGUAUGAUCGCACAAGCGAAAUCCUCCACACCUCCAAACCUCUCCAACAUCCAAUUCCGCGAGGCAUCAGCGGAAAACCUGGGUUUUAUUGAAGAUGGGAGUCUGGAUAUGAUCGUUGCGGGCCAGGCAGCGCACUGGUUCGAUUUCACGAAAGCGUGGGGAGAAUUAGCGAGGAAGGUAAGGAAAGGGGGGAUGAUGGGGUUUUGGGGGUAUGUUGAUAAUGUGUUUGUUGAUUAUCCUGCUGCGUUUGGGGUUCUGAUGGAGUACAGUUAUGCAGAAGGGAGGAUGGGUCCGUUCUGGGAAAUACCCGGACGGAAUAUUCUAAGGGAUCGGUACCGUGAUAUUGUACCUCCGGAGAAUGAAUGGGAGGAUGUGAGGAGGAUUGAGUAUGUACCCGGUACGGAGGGAAAGGAGAGUGGGAAAGGGGAGCUGUUGAUGGGGAGUAGGAUGAAGUUGGGGGAGAUGGAGGGGUAUGUGAGGACGUUUAGUGGGUUCCAUAAUUGGGCUUCUGCGAAUCCCGGGAGGAGGGCGAGGAGGGAGGGAGGAGAUGGGGAUCUGGUGGAUGAGAUGUUUGAGAGGAUGUUGGAGGUUACGCCGGAGUGGAGGGCGAUGGGGGAGAAUUGGAGGGAGUUUGAGGUGGAAAAUGAGUGGGGGAGUGUUAUUUUGCUUGCGAGGAAGAGGUGA